AUGGCUGAGGCGACUAAUUCCGAUAUCGGAGGAGAGAAUCAGUCAUUCAAGAUCCGAAGAUUAGAGAUCUCUGACAAGAGGAAGGGAUUCAUCGAGCUUCUAGGUCAACUCACCGUCGUUGGAUCAGUAACCGACGAGGAAUUCGAUCGGCGAUUCGAUGAAAUCAGUUCGUACGGAGACGACCACGUGAUCUGCGUGAUCGAAGAAGAGUCGUCGGGGAGAAUCGCGGCGACGGGAAGCGUGAUGAUAGAGAAGAAGUUCCUGAGGAAUUGCGGGAAAACUGGGCACAUCGAAGACGUUGUUGUGGAUUCAAGGUUUCGAGGGAAGCAUCUGGGGAAGAAAGUGGUCGAGUUUCUAAUGGAUCAUUGCAGAUCCAUGGGUUGUUACAAGGUGCUUCUCGAUUGUAGUGUGGAGAACAAAGCUUUCUACGAGAAAUGUGGGUUGAUCCAUAAAGGUAUUCAGAUGUCUAAGUACUUCGAUUGA